CCCUCUUAGUGCCCUCUUGUUGCUAUGGUAUGCAGAAGUUCUGGUCUUCAAUUGCAAGUUGAUUUUUCUUUGGGCUUUGUAGUAAAUAUUUGUCUUACCUAUGUUUCAAAUAUUUGGUUAGCUGUUUUCUCUGUGUACCAAAGUAAGCAUAUUUGUCUUCUCAUCUAGGAAAUGAUUUGAAAAAUCAGAUGAACUGUGGCCCUUUCUUUAUGAUAUAAUAUUUUGUAAAUGUAUGUGCAAUAAAAUGUGCAAUAGUCACUAGCGUUUCAUUUGGGGUGGAGGAAAGCAGGGAGAAGGUCAAUGGGAGACUUUUUAAACAACCAAACAGUUUAUAAAGUACCGUAGAUUAUAUAGAUUAGAUCUAUAGGGUUUUUAACAAUUUGAUUGGAACAUAUUGAAGACCUUAAACUGGAAGGAACAUCAUAUGGAUUUCUUUGCUUUUUAUGUUGAACAGCUUAAUCAGAAGAUGUAAAGGUACGACACUACUGUCAGAACUUUUUUUGAGUCUCUGCUUUUAUGAAUUGAAGGUUUGAAAAUACUGAACUGUCUCUCAGCAGAUUUUGUUUCUUUCAUCUUAAUUGCAAAGAACUUUAGCAAACUUUUGUGCUGUAUGAGUGCCUAAAUGGUGGUAAUUAUAAAUGAAGGGUAGAGAGUCACAUUAAGAUUAUCACGAGAGCGAUGGUUUAUGAUAUGAAUGAAAAAUAGCUACUGCUAGUGACUUGGAUGAAUGAGAUGCAAGUAGAUAUUAGUAUAGAUAUUAGAGGCUUUGAUAUGUGGUGUAGAAGCUGCCUUUUAGUCCUUCUUUUAAUUUUGUGUGUAACAACUACUUCUGCGUAGCAGCAAAAAUGUAAGGGCACCCUGCUUGUACAUACAGCAAUACUUCCUUUUAGAAAGCAGAUUAUAAUCUGGUUUUAAGUAGGAUAAAGUAUGCUUAAACUGUACUUAACUGCAAAUCAGAUUUACAUUCUUCUCUUACGUUCCUCCUUUUCAAUUUUUGUCUAUUAUUUAAGAGCUCUCUCAUGUACAGUACUUCAUCUUCAGAAGAUAAAGGAGGUCCUAUUUCUUGGUACUGCUGUCAGCCAAUAGUGGAUUAUAUAGAUGCACAAUUCGAAGCUUAUCUCCAGGAAGAACUGAAAAUUAAACGUUCUUUAUUUAGCUACCAUGACACUCGCAUCCAUGUCUGCCUCUAUUUCAUUUCACCUACAGGCCAUUCCCUAAAAACUCUAGAUUUGUUAACCAUGAAAAGCCUAGACAGCAAGGUGAACAUUAUACCAAUUAUAGGCAAAGCAGACAGCAUUUCUAAAACUGAACUACAGAAGUUCAAGAACAAAAUCAUGAGUGAAUUAGUUAGUAAUGGCGUCCAGAUAUACCAGUUUCCAACUGACGAUGAAACCAUUUCUAAAAUUAAUACCAUCAUGAAUGGGCAUUUGCCAUUUGCCGUAGUUGGAAGUACAGAAGAGGUGAGAAUUGGAAACAAAAUGGUGAGAGCUCGCCAGUACCCUUGGGGCAUUGUACAAGUGGAAAAUGAGAACCACUGUGACUUCAUAAAGCUUCGCGAGAUGCUUAUUUGCACAAAUAUGGAAGACUUAAGAGAGCAGACUCAUGCACGACAUUAUGAGUUGUACAGACGCUGCAGACUGGAAGAGAUGGGCUUCAGAGACAUUGGCCCUGAGAACAAACCAGUCAGUCUACAGGAGGCCUAUGAGGCAAAGAGGCACGAGUUCUACCUUGAACUGCAAAGAAAAGAGGAGGAGAUGAGACAACAGUUUGUGCAGAAAGUGAAGGAGAAAGAAGCUGUAUUGAAAGAAGCAGAGCACCAGGUACACACUAAAUUUGAACAUCGUAUGCUAAUGCUUCAAGAAGUGAAACUGAAAUUAGAGAAAAACAAAAAAGUUCUAGAAGAUGAAAGAGCUAUGUUUAUUGAGAAGAAAGCUAAUGCUGAAGUACUCCAAUCACAAGCAUCUGUCUCUACCCCUCUUGUUAGUUUGAAGAGAGACAAGGACCGCAAAAAUUCCAGCUUUACGUAGUAUGGAUGAUAGAAGAAACAAUAUCCAUAAUUUCACUUGAGGAAGCAAUGAUUCAAAGUGUGCUUUUGGAGGUGUAGGAGGUGCAGUUUCUUACUAAAGGAUUUGGAAAACGUCUCUUGUUGCUGCAUGCUGCAAAAGAAGAAUUUUGAAGUCUGAUGUACAGAUACGCAUAUGGUGCGGCGAUUACUGUCAUUGUCAUCACAGACUUUCUGUUACGAGUCUGCCUUGAUACGCACUUGCCUUACCUCCGUGUGGCCAGCUUGCUUUCACUUUAAGUGCAUUGUACCAAAGAAAAUGUCCCUGCCGUAAAAAGUUCCAUUCAGAAUAUGAAUGCUGUAGUACAAAAGUAUUCAGUGAAUAUAUCCUUUCAGUGACUAUAACCUUUCUAAAGAGCUAUUUUCAUAUGAUAUGGUAUAUUAGUCUACUAAAUAUUAUUUAAUACAACUGUUGACAUAGUUCAACCAUCUACUGAUUUUACUGACAGAUUUUGUUUAUGGGCUUUUAUGUACAAGCACUGUCCUCAAUUUCAGAUAUGAUCGUUCUAAUCAUAAUUUAUUGAGACAUUUUUGCAGUGCUUUACCAUUGCAUGAUAGUUUAUCUGACACUACUAACUUAAUGUGGAAAGUACCUGUAACUUUUUGAUGCUUGUGACUGUGGUGUUCAGUUACAGCAGAGGCUGAACUUUACAAAAACUGUUAACUACAAAAGCUUCAGGUUAAAACAAGUUUAAAAUGUUUUUUAUCUUUUCAGUAGCCGUGGUAACUAAUGGGAAACUAUAAGAGGUGCAGUUCCCUGAAGUUGUUUUGUGCAACUCUUUAAAAAUAGUAGAAGUAAAAUACAUUGUUUUUACUUAAGUGUUUCUGUUGUUCUGCUUCCUCUCCCUCCCAUGUUAUUAAAAACAAGGAGUAAGAGUUCACAUUGAUCUGAAAAAUAUGAAUGUUUCACAUCUAGUUUAAAUGUCUUAAGUAACUUAUUGAUUAGAAAAAAUAGGUGAUUUCUGCAUACUGUGCCAGAAAGGCAAUAUGACGUGUGAUGUACUUGUCAUAUACCACUGUACUGAAUCACAGAAUAUCUCAAAUUGAAGGAACCCCUAAGGACCAUUGAGUCCAACUCCCUGCUCCUCACAGGACUACCUAAAACUAAACCAUAUGACCAAGAGCAUUGUCCAGGUGCAUCUUGAACUCUGACAGGCUUGGUCCCAUGACCGCUGCCCUGGGGAGCCUGUUCCAGUGACCGAACUCACCUUCUAUUUUACUCACACAGUGAUGCAAACCAUAUAAGAUUGUUUUGCUUCAAUUCUGUAGCAAUGGGAAGGAAUAAAUGCUAAGAUAUGAAAACCCUUCAUUGAUCAGGAAAGAGUCAAACUGCUAAUUCUUUCAGCUCCACAGGCACGGGAGGCUGUAACAUGGGAGGGAAGGGUUAAGAGGAGAUGGGGGUUUAGCCUGCAUGUAACUGAUCCUUCUCUCAAUGGAAGAAUAAUGGGCCAGGGCCAGGCCCUGUGAUUGCUGUCUGAUUGCUCCUUCGUGAGCAAAAUGUAGCUUGAUGAAAGACUAUUUUUUGUUUGGCUUUGUACUAUUGACUGGGCCAGUAUCUGUUUUAUUAGAAACAAGGGAUACGCCUUCUUUAAAGGAGGUAACAGCCAAAUGAAAAAAAAAAAUUUUUUUUUUGAACUGAGCAGUAGAUUUGGAAGUGCUAUCAAGUGAUCUUGGGCAGAAUGUAAUUACAAUUAAGUGAUGUGUGCUGUCAGCGUUCAGUUAUCCCUACGUGGGUUAUUACAGCCGCUGAUGUUAGUUGGCUGAAGCUCUUCACGAGCGGUACAAAACUGCACCAGAAGACAGAUUUAGCUGCCUGUAGUGUGGCCACUUUGCAGAGGACAAAGCCUGAGAUGGUUAAGUACUGUUUGACCGAGAUAGCUCUGUGCCUGGCCGGUACUGGAGGAUGUGCUGUGCUUUGACAGCUGGGAACAAUGAAUAGUACCGUAGGGAUGCCACAUGUCUUGGUCAAUAUGGGUUUGUGUUCAAGUUGCGCGUGUUGGGCCUGCAGGACUCGGCAGCAAAACAAAACUGGUGCAGGCACCUGGGGGCAGGUCUUUGGAACGGGUGGCAGUUAAAGGGAGUUUGUUCAGUGGUAGCACAAAAUGAGAAAGCCGGUGGGGUUUUCUUUUUUUUUUUUUCCUGAUAUUCAUUAAAGCAGUUGAGAGUCAUCUGUAAGUAUGGGAAAUUCCAUAGUUGUUUUGUUGAAGUUUGCCUAAAGAUGAAGUAUCAGAUAAGGGCACAAGUGCACAUCGCCGCCUGACAGUUAAAUGCGGUUCAAAGAAUUAUAAAGGAACAACUAACAAAAUCUCCUGAAAGUAGAGAAUUAAUAGUGGUAGUAAAAAAGAAAAAUAAUUUCUAUGCCUCACUGUAGUUUAUGUUAGCUGUGGGCCUUUUAACUGAACACUUCAGAGGGGUUUAUCCUGCAGAUGAAAUGGUUUCAGGACCAUUUAUUAAGGUCUCUUUAUUGUUAUGGUACCUUCUGCAAGUGGCUACUGUGAGAUUAUUUACUGCCUUUACAAGUCCAAAGUCUUUACCUUUUUGAUCCUUUCCUUAGGAUACACUCCAUAUAUAUUUUUGUAUUUAUUCUUAACUAUAUCUUUAAAAUUACUUUGCCAUGAGAAGAUACAGUCAGGAUGCAUACAUGAUUUUAUCUUAAAUCUCUCUCUUAAAUUUGAUGUCAGAAUCAUAUCUAGAUUUGCAUUGUGAAAUUAGGUAGAGAAUAUACUGGACUUUGAAUACUAUAUGGACAUUGGAAGCAAGGACGGGCAACAUGGGAGGACUACAGAGAUGAUGUUCACCACUGUAGGGAGAAAAUUCGUGUGGCCAAAGCUUGAUUAGAGUUCAAGCUGGCCAGCACUGUGAAGGACAACAGGAAGGGCUUUUAACAAUAGGUUAACAACAAAAGGAGGAUCAGAGAUAACAUUGGUCCAUUGCUUGAUGAGGUGGGUCACCUCACAAAUAGGGGCAUAGACAAAGCAGAGAUGUUUAAUGCCUUCUUCGCCUCUGCCUUUAACACCAGUGAUGGGCCCUGGGACCCCCGGAGCCGUGUGUUGAAAGACCGUGACUGGGGGGAUGAUAAACACCCAGCCAACACUGAACUUGUUUGAGAAUUGCUGCUCCAACUGGAAGUGCAUAAAUCUAUGGUGCCCUGUGGGAUUUAUCCUGGAGUACUGAAAGAGCUGGCUGAUGUUAUCACGGGACCUCUCUCCCCUGUUUUUCAACAGUUUGGGGAGUCUGGAGAGGACCCAGUCGACUGGAAGCUGGCAAAUGUUCCAAUUUUCAAGAAGGGUAAGAAGAAAGAAUUACAGGCUUGUCAGUCUCACUUUAGUGCCUGGUAAAAUUACGGAGAAGGUUAUUCUGGGAGUUUCUGAAAAGCACCUGAGAGACAAUGCAGUCAUUGGUCAUAGCCAGUGCGGGUUCAUGGGGGGAAAGUCCUGCUUAACCAACUUAAUUUCCUUUUAUGACAAGGUCACCCACCUAACUGAUCAAGGGAAGCCAGUAGAUGUGGGUUUUUUGGAUUUUAGCAGUAUCUUUCUGGACAAAAUGUCCAGACACAGCUAGACAAGUCCAUAAUAUGUUGGGUGAGCAGUUGGCUGACAGGUUGGGCUCAAAGAGUUAGAGUAAAUGGAAUACAUCAGGCUGGCAGCCAGUCACCAGUGGAGCUCCCUAGAGUUCUGUUAAUGCCACAGUUAAAGGCCAAUGCUCUUUAAUGUUUUUAAAAAUGAUCUGGACACAGGAAUCGAAUAUCCAUUGAGUUUGCCAAUGUUACUAAAUUAGGAGGAGCUGUGGACUCCCUCAAGGGUAGAGAGGCCUUAGAGAGAGAUCUGGAUAAGCUAGAGAUCUGGGCAAUCAUGAACUAUAUGAAAUUUAACAAGAGCAAGUACUGGAUUCUCCACCUGAGACAAGGUAAUCCUGGUUAUAGGUACAAAUUAGGGGAUGAGAGGCUGGAGAGCAGCCUUGUGGAAAGAGAUCUGGGGGUUUGGGUUGAUGGCAAGUUGAAUAUGAGUCAACAGUGUGCCCAGGCAGCCAAAAGGACCAACCGUGUCCUGGGGUGCAUCAAGGACAGCAUAGCUGGCUGGUCGAGGGAGGUGAUUGUCCCACUUUGCACUGGUGCAGCCCCACCUCGAGUGCUGUGUGCAGUUUUGGGUGCCUCAAUAUAAGAAGGACAUCAAACUAUUAGAGUGUGUCCAGAGGAGGGUGACCAAGAUGGUGAAAGGCCUUGAAGGACAAGACUUACAAGGAGCGGCUGAGGUCGCUUGGUUUGUUCAGCUUGGAGAAGAGAAGGCUGAGGGGUGACCUCAUCGCAGUCUACAACUUCCUCAAGACGAGCAGCAGAGGGGGAGGUGCUGAGCUCCUCUCCGGUGACCAGUGACAGGACACGAGGAAAUGGAAUGAAGCUGUCAGGGGAAGUUCAAGUUGGAUGUGAGGAAAAGGCUCUUCACGGAGAGAGUGGUCGGUCACUGGAACAGGCUCCACAGAGCAGUGGUCA